GGGAGGACCGGGUCGCAGCUCGCCUCUGCCCCCAUCCCGCCUCCUCGCUCCUGGGCUGUGGGCGCCUCUGACAGCCGGAUCCCAUGUCGGGGGCAGGCAGCGGGGGCCGCUUCCUCUCCUCCGCUUCCCUGCAGGGGAAACCGACGGCCAGCCAGGCUCGGGAGGCAGCCGGAGCGCAGACGGGAAGGAUCGCGGGGCCAGGGGAGCCCGGCCUCUGCGGAACCUGCAGAUGCUCUCCCAACUCAACCUCUGGAGGUAGCAGAACAGUCCAGAGGAUUUUGGCAGCGUGCAUGGUCUCCCUGUUUACCCUCCUAGGAGCCAUCUCUUUUGAUUUAAGCAGUAGUUUUGAAAUGUGGAGAAACACAGAAAAAGCCCUUCAGGAAUUUUCCUCUUGUGAGAAUCUUUUGGCUUUUCGCCUUAUAGUUCUCCUCCAGGAAGAAAGACAUCUCUGCUGUUGGGACCAACCAGCUAGGAGGAAUGGAUCUUGGCAUGAUCAACUACUGGAAAGGUUAAACUCUCUCUGCCAAGAGACUGAAGAGACAUUAUACAGCAAGAACCACCAAUGCAAGGAAGAGAAGGGAUCUGCCUGUGGGAUUUACAUCACUAAAAUGAGACAAAGAUUAAAUAACACCUGGGAUGUUGUUGAGCCUGGUGUGGUGUUGUCUGGAGUUAUCUCCGAAUUGCUGGAGGCUUUUGAUAGCCCCAGUGAGGACCUCAUAACUGUGAGAUCCAACCCUGACUGGGCAGAUGUGAUGUCCCUUAGACUCAUACUUAGAAUAAAGGAAGUCAUCCUCCGAGCUCAUGAGAUGCCCAAGGCAUCACCACCACCUAGAAGCUUGCAAUCAGCAUGGCAGCCGAUCACCACCAUUCUGAAUUAUGCCAUCUUCACAUCAGAGAACGUACAGACGUGCUGGAUGGAGAACGUGAACCUGUCACGCUAUUUCACUCGCUAUGAAGGCAUUUCUCUUUUCAUCCCAUUCCUGGGCUCAUCCCCACCAAUUCCCAGCAGAGGCCUGGCCAAGGAACUCAAUUAUGUACAGAGCUGCUUAUUACAGAAAGGGCACGAAAAACUCCAUAGGAAGUCUAAGGAAAUUGUCUCCACAAUUAGCCUUAAGAUCACACUACUGGUGAUAGCCUGCCUCAUCUACCCCAUAGUCCUGGUGUCCUUUAAGCAAAUGACAGAUUGGAUCCAGAAUUAUGCCAGGAGCCUUAAGGAAAGGACAGAAGACUUGAAGAGGGAGAGGCGGCUGGCUGAGGACCUCCUGCACCAGAUGUUGCCAAAAUCUGUGGCAAAGCAGCUGAGGAAACACAAACAUGUCCAGGCAGAAAACUAUGACCAGGUGACUAUCUUUUUCUCUGACAUCGUGGGGUUCACUAGCAUCGCUGCCUCCUGCACCCCCCUGCAAGUUGUCGAGAUGCUCAACAACCUCUACAACUGCUUCGACACCAGGAUCGAGUCCUAUGAUGUUUACAAGAUAGAGACCAUCGGCGAUGCCUACAUGGUAGUGAGUGGCCUGCCGGAGAGGAAUGGCGAGAAGCAUGCUGAUGAGAUUGCCAAAAUGUCUCUGGACUUGGUGGCUGCGGUCCGACAGGUCCCGAUCCCCCACAUGCCAACGGGCAGGCUGCAGCUGCGGGCUGGGAUCCACACAGGCCCCUGCGUGGCUGGCGUUGUUGGGUACAAAAUGCCCCGUUACUGCCUCUUCGGGGACACGGUGAACACGGCUUCUCGCAUGGAGUCCACCAGCCUGCCUCAGAAGAUACACAUCAGCUGUGCGACGUACCACGCUCUGCUCACGGACGACGCCUAUGAAAUCGAGCUGAGAGGGGAAAUUGAAAUCAAGGGCAAAGGCAAAAUGAAAACCUACUGGCUCCUUGGGAACAAGAACUACAGCGUCCAAAAUGACAGCCUGGUCUGUCACUGGAAUCCAGCCAUCUCCAGGAAAAAGAAGAUGGAGAACAGUCUGCUGUCUGCCCGACAAUCUAGUACAGGUACCGUGGGUGCAGUGCUGAGCGAGAGAAGCACCUUAGCAUCGCAGGAUGGGACUGGCUCAGCCAGCCACACCAGAGUAACCUCUGACCUGGCUUGGACAUCUGGGAGUUCUAUCAGCGAGGCAGGCCGGGAGCCGAAGAACGGAUCUCAUCACAGCUACCCACAGAGCCUCAAGAAUAACAUUGUUCCCCUGGGCUCUCCAGUGUCUGGGCAAGGGGACAACAGUGCUCGGCUGGACCAAGGGGAGUAUCUCGGAGACUAUGGGAAUGGAUUGCUGGAAAAAAAUGGGUUUCUCCCAGGGUUUGUGGAUGAGAUGUGACAGGAUGGGAUGUGGCCCAUGAUGAGGGAAUGGACUUUCCCCAGACACCGUCAUUUGCUAUUAAAGCACCUCAUCUUUUGUAUUUAGCAAUAAUUCUGGCUUCCGAUUAACAAGGGAAGCCGGCCAGCAGUAGGAUCUAAAAUUGGAGUAGAAAUAGGGAAAGUGUUUUUCGUCUAACCCAGGAGAUAUUGUGAUGCUACAGCUGGGGACCCUGUCACUAACAGGGGAGAGCGAUCACAUCAGAUACUUCUCUGUUACUCCAGAUUUAAACCAGUGUAACCCCUUUCACUUCAGUCAUGUUAUUCUGGUGUUAUUCCAGUGUAACAAAGCAGACAAUAUCCCGAGGAGUCCAGAAACUUGGCUAAUGGACUAGGGAGCAAACAGCCCUGUGGAGAGGAGGGUGCAUGUAACGUCAGGAUGCGCAGUGUGUCAGGGAAUAUGGAAAUACACCUCUUUAAUUCUAGUGUCUUUCUGGGCCAGGCCUAUGUGAGACAAAGGGCGUGGGACGGGUGUUCAACUCUCCUUUUCUCUAACUCCCUGCAGCAGUCCAUCUUCCCAGCUCUGCCCCAGAGCAGAGGAAAUCCCCACCCCACCUUGCCUCUCCCAAAUCUCUGUCUAGGCCUUGGGGGAGUCCGUUUAUAACUGAGCAGUGAGAUGUGGCUGCAGCUCAGCUAACAUUGCGAGGGGAGGCUAGUGCCCGCUGGUGAGAGUUUAGCUUGGUUUUUUCCUUCUGUGGGAUUUAUGCACCAUGUUACUGGCGUGCAAGUGGGAACAACUUCCUCUCCAGCAUCUGGAGAAAUCAGGGCAUGCUAAGCCGUCGGCCGCUCCCUGGCGACGGCAGCCAUUAGGCACCCUCCUCUCCACAUGCCUAUCUCAGG